AUGGCGAGAGCUCCUCUGCCACUCUUCUUCCUCCUCUCUCUCCUAGCCGCCACCGUCUCUGCACGUCCCUGCAAAACCCUCUUCUAUUUCUCCGCCACCACCACCUCCACCUACUACCCUUACCACUCCCUCCCCGCUAACCCUAACCCCAAUUCCCCCUUUACCGGCCAGAGACCCCGCUAUUUCACCCUGAUCUUCACCUCCUCCGUCACCAGGCCCUUCUCCGAUCGCCACCCCUCCAUCAAUUUGGACUCCGAUGGAGCCGCCGCUUCGUUUGGUGACAAUCCUCAGUCAACGUCAUCCGAUUUCCCUUUCAAGUUCUAUUCUUCAGUCUCCAGCUCGAUCCGCGAGCGGACCAAGGAUAUCAUGAGCGUGGUUGGUGCCCUGCUCUUUGGGGUCGGCUGUGGAGUGCUCACGGCUGCCGUCAUGUACUUCGUGUGGGCCCUCUUUUAUCCGGCCAGCUUUGAUUUUGCCGAUGUCUCAUCUUCCUCGGAUGGUGAUGAUGACGAUGAUGUGGCUGCCGCGAAGAGGAAACUGGGCUAUGUAGCGGUCCCCACGAAGGUGGUUGACGACGACCUCAAGAAGCCUGCACCCUUGGCCAAGGAGGUGGUUUGA